UUUGGGAUAUGACUAACUACCUGUAAGUGUUUUGUUUAGCUAAUAUCAUUAUUGAUUCUGCAUAAAUUUACGCCAUUGUUGUAGUUAGCAGGUAUACAAGGAAGGGUUCUGUGAACAGGACGGGGAUCGACAGACGAAGGAAGAAAAAGAUAAAAACUUUAAAAGACCUUCAAAAUUAUUCAGGUAUGAAAUGUAGACGACAUGGACGGAGAGCCUAGUCGUGAAUUAUGGCAUAUAUUUGAUGUUCCUGGAAAUGAAUAAGAGACGGGUCCAAUCCUUAGAACACCACUUCCACAUAGAGGACAUCUGAGAACAAUAGCAAUGGCUGAAAGUAAUUCCUUUGUGAAAACAAAACUUUACGAAAAAUGCAAAUCCCACCUAGCUGAAAAGGGGAUGGUGAUUAUAAUCGGUGACAUGGGUACUGGAAAGUCAACUUAUGCCAAAAAACUGUUUGAAGAACACAAUACAAAAAUGAAACAAAGAGACUGCUUUGAAGUGACAAGUCCUGAAGAAAUAGAGUUCAUGAGAAGUACGAGAGCUCUAUAUUUUGACAACAUAUUUGGGCAACAUGUAGAAAGUGUGAAGAUGACAACGGCAUGGCUUCAAUGGAUGCCAAAAUUAGUAGAAAUGAAAAGGAGGGUGCCCCUGAUACUAACAUCAAGGAGCGAUAUAUAUCAUAGAUGCAAACACCGCAAAGGAUUUGGUUUUUUGGAUGAAUUUGUGGUCGAAUUGUCUGAUAAAAAAUUAGAUUUCAGUGAAGAGGAAAACAUUGCACGCGCUAUGAGGUUGACAUCGCCCCUCAUAUUCCACCCGAGUGAUCUAGGUCCUUUGCAACAAUGCGAAAUUAGAGCUGCAAGGAUUCCUUGGUUACAAGAGAAGAAGGCUGCUGCUGUUUCAACGACAUUGCUGGAUGAAUACUUUGAGGAUUUGAAGAAAAACAAUCCAAUUCAAUAUGUCUCCCUACUUCUUACUCUUGUGAACAACAACAAAUUUAGAGAAGAAUACUUGGAAAAACAAACUACAGUUAAAAUUCUAAAGAUCGCUGGACAAGGUAUUGGAAAAAGGUCAAUCAUAGAGAUAAAAGAGGCCUUGCGAUACCUUUCAGCUUCAAUGUUGAUGCUGCAAGACAAUGAAUACUCAUUUGCCAACAAUAUUUUAUUUCAUAUUGCAAGCAAAUACUUCAUGAGGCAACAUCCAGAUAUAUUCGUCACUUGUUCUUCUAUUGAGUGGUUGGAAAUAUUGUCGCCACUGUUUGAUACGGUGAAUGAGGUUCACAGUCAAACUCUUAGCCAGAAAUUAGCAGGACAAAUUGAGAAUUUGAUACUGCAUAAGUCGUUUUGUCUGUUAAAGAAUGAGCGAACUUUGCGUGAAUUUCUCGCCAUAAUUUCAAGGGACGAGAAACUGGAUUUGUUUUUUGAUUCUGACUUUUUCUGGUACAUAUGCUGGUGUGACAGCUUUCUGAUAAUUGAAAUGCUUCUUCGGAAAAUGUCUGGAAGAAAAGAAGUGGUGAAAAAUGCACUUGAGUAUUGUUCAGAUCAUUUCAAAUCGGCUUUACAAAGAUACAUAGAUAGAGAUCAUUCCGAGGAAAUUUUGAGUCCUACAAUUAUCAGGCAACACCCGUAUGAAAUAGCAAUUCGAAGAGUCACGUGCAAAAGUGAAGACUUUCCACGCUUUUGUUAUCACUACGAACUGAUGCUAGAAUUAGAAGAAAGUUUAACGCAUGUAAUUUCACAAUAUAGUCAGUUGCAGUGUUCAGAUUUUGUUCCGUGGAGCCAAACCAAAGGGACCCCCAUUAUCUAUAUAGCAGGGAGAAAUCUAACAGAAACCAAACUUUCCUUCAUUUCAAAACAUGAGCGUCCGCAAGAAAAUGUUUUGCGACAUCAAGAUAACAAAACUAUCUAUGAAAGGGAGAAACGCCAGCAUGACUUUGCUGAUUUCAAGGAAAGAUUUCCAUCUUGUUUUAUCUAUUUCUGUGAUGAACAGGAUACUGUGGAAACUGUUUCUGAAUCGAUCAAGAUGGUGACAGAUCGCUUUGUUGACUCAGAAUAUUCCCCCAUCGGUCCGUUUACACUUAUCGCCCUGACGUCAGAGGGAGGAAAAUGGACAACCGAAGCUCUUAACACAGAUUGCUUAGCGAAAGCGCACGUAGUUACCGUCUCAGAUAUCCAUACCUUACGGAAACACGUUACAUCUGCACUGGAAAUGAUGAUGCUUGAAUACAUAAGCUUAGUUCGAAAAAUGAUAUCUCCUAUGAUGUCUUCAGGUUUUGAUGACAUUAGCAUGCUUCAAACCGAAACAGAGGCCAUUUCAAAUCGAAUCUACAAAGCAUCGUCAUUGCCUUCAUGUAUUGUCACAUCACAAACGCCAACAGUCCUGUCAAUGUCCAUAACUGAAGAAUGCCAGGAAGUUCUUGACAGGAACCCUGAUAAGGUCUACGCAUAUGGAUUCCGUCCGGGAACGUUCUACGUUCAAGUCAGUGACCAACUAUCCGAAGAUCAGUAUCAGCAAUUUCAAGAAGACUUCCGUAAAGCCAAAAGAAAUUCUGAAUUUUUAUGGGAAACAGCAUUUGAAAAAAUUAAUUGUAUCAAUAUAAACCGUUAUCUGUGUCCAGGGAGUGAAUUGUAUCCUGAUAAGGACGAUGCCAACAGCUAUGGAACUCUGGGUGGAUUCGCUGAAUUAAGCGGUGAUUGUAAACGCACAGUAGCACUGACAUGCUCGCAUGUUAUAAAAAGUAAAUCAAACGUCCAUGCAAAAUGUGGUAGCGAACUGGUUUGCAUUGGAAAUUGUUUCUUGGUGUAUGAGUACGCCUCUGAUUCCGCAGAUUUCGCUUUGAUUAAAGUUAAUGACGAUGUCGUUGAAAGAUGCCAGAAACUUCUAGUGGAUCAUAAAGAUAAACCGAGGAGUGCUCGGGUGUACGUAUGGAAAUCUAAAGACACGGUUCCCACAGUAGUGUACAAGAAAGGGGCGAAGACCAACAUCACGAAAGGAUUCAUUGUGGAAUCAACAAAAUACCGUGAUGUACUAGGUGAUACGAGGAUGAACUGUGUAUAUUUAGUUAGAGGUUAUCAACAAAAGGGAGUAUUGAUUCCCUUUGGUGAUAAAGGGGACAGCGGUUCACUUGUCUUUCAGAACGACUUCAGUGUGGAUCAGCAUGCAGUAGAAGUAAUCGCUAUACUCAUUGGGGACUUUGAAGUCAAAAUGGAAGAUUCAACGACCAGCGAAUCAAAUUCGAACAGUAAGAGACCCACAUCGGGACUGAAGAUGUGUACAAGCAUGGAAUUCGUUUGUGAACAACUUAACAAGAGUGAAAAGCAACUCCGAUUCUAUAAAACAGACGAUGUAAAGCUAAAUAGCGUCGAAGAACAAACGCCGUAAAAUCCUGUCUCUUUUAUUUAUAAAGACGAUCUGGUCGUACACAGAAAUCCACCAUUUCGUGAUUGUUCACUAUGAAAUAUUUUAUUCAUUGCGUGGACUCUGAGGUUCACACAGAAAAUAUAUAAGGGAGCUGAGGUUAAACCGAAUGCUAUGAAAAAGAGCGUAUACACAACUUCAACGGAACCAAUCGGAACAUCGCCGGGCGUUUUCCGUAAGUCGAGAAAAAAAACCCGGUUUUUCUUCUCGAGUUGACGAGAAAAACCGAGCGAUAACGCGACCUUUAUUUAUAGAUUGGAACCUAACAGUGUAGCACGUGACCAGACACGUAAUGGGGAUCAGCUUGCACAUGCACAAGUAUAUAUAAUACGCGAGUCAGCAAUGUUUCAUAAACAAUUGUCAAGAGGAUUCAAUAAAAUGUGCUUUAUGUUUUGUGAAAAACACUUUUAGUGUUAUUAAAAAUAAACCUUAAUGAUAUGGAG